AUGUUUGAAUGUUUGAGACUGAAAAUAGUUAUGAUAUCGGUUAAAACGGCCAUGAGUAAACGAAACAAUGUUAUAAUUAUAACUGUUAGAGGCAGUUUUGGUUUUGAUUUGUAUCAGUUACGGUCUCGAUCAGAACGGAUGUUAUGUCGGUUUUAUAACUAUUGUUUUUCGAUUUUGUAUUUCAGUUAGAUUUCGGUUCUGAUUCUGAUUCCUUUCUCUUAAAAAUUUAUCGUCUUACAUUUUUGUUUGUACAAUUCUGGCGGUGUCAUUUUCAUGUCCGAGUUUCAGCUUCUCCUUUGCAGUCCGAGCCAGCGCAAUGCUGUAUCAGAGAAUCAGAACCGAAUCUUAUUGUACCUACAAUAUUUUUGAAAAAUGUCUAAUUGCACAAUUAUUGCAAACUCAAUACCUUGGAGUCUAUUAGGUGAAAAUGUACAAAAUUAUAUCCCGAUUGAAAUGAAGAUACAUUUGACAUCAAUAAAACAUAACUUGGAAACAUCCAUUGAAGAUAAAAUAAAGUUUCCAUCACUAAAAUGGAUAAAGAAUUCUUUAAUAGUAGUUGAAGCUUGUUUGGAUAAAACAUGGGAAAUAUUAAAUUCCGGUCACUGGCAAUUUGUACCAGUUGAAUAUCGAUAUUGUUACACAAUAUGUACUGUUUUAAAGAUAGUUCUGCUAGAGCUUCAGUAUAGUAAUAACAGUAAACAAUUUACAAAGAAUACAAUCUUAUUGAAAAAUAUCAUUCAGCAAAUUGAUAAAGGUAUUUUAUUAGGAGCACCACUUCCAAAUGUAACUGAUUUAUUACCAAAACUUGCUUCAGAAUUGAACAUCUAUGUCACAGAAUCAUUGGAGCUUGAUUUAGAAGAAUUAAUUACUGAUUCUAAAAAUUUAUAUAAUUCUAUAUUACCUGGAUUUAGUGAAAUUGUCCAGUAUGUUAUACCUUCAAUGGAAUUAUUUUACAAGGAAAUAUUUAUGCCGAAAGUACCAGCACUAAUGAAAGAUUGUAUCAAACAUUGGGAAGCUUUAAAGCGAUGGAAAAAUCUAAAAUAUUUACUUAGUGUGGCUGGAAAUCGAAUAGUACCUAUUGAAAUUGGUUCACGUUACACCGAUGAAAAUUGGUCGCAACAACUUCUUAGUUUUUCAGAAUUUUUACAAAAAUAUGUAUUAACAGAAUGUGAUCAAGUUGGUUAUUUAGCUCAACAUCAAUUAUUUGAACAAAUACCCGAAUUGAAAGACGAUUUUGCAAUUCCUGAAUAUUGUAAUUUCACAGAUAGUAAUAAUGUGGAACAACCAGAUAUAAAUGCUUGGUUUGGACCUAGCGGAACCGUUUCACCUCUGCAUUUUGAUCCUAAAAAUAAUUUUUUGUGCCAAGUAUUUGGAUAUAAAAGGGUCAUUUUAUACCACCCAAAUGAUUCAUCUAAUUUGUAUCCAUAUGAUACGAAAUUACUCAAUAAUACUGCACAGGUUGAUCCUUUGAAUCCAGAUUUUGAGAAAUGGCCUAAUUUCAGUAAAGCUAAAGGUUUCAUGGUUUAUUUGAAACCUGGAGAAAUACUGUACAUUCCUCCAAAGUGGUGGCAUCAUGUAACUUCCUUGACUCCAAGUUUUUCAAUUAGUUUCUGGUGGAAUUAAAUAUGAAAAACUAUACUUGAUACAUUAUCUUAAGAGAAAAACAUGAAUUGAAUCUUGUUAUAAUAUAAUUAUCUGUUAUUUAGGGUAAUUAUUUUAUAAUUAUAUUAUAUAUAAUUUAAAUGAGAUUAGAAUGUUACUGUAAUAAAAAAUGAUUUAAAGAGCAAAAUAGAUCCAUAGACACCUAUGUUUGUACAACAAUUUGAAUAUUGCAAUUACUAGAUGUUUUAUUAUUAUUAAAUAUAUUUAUUUAAA